AUGAAUUACAAAGCUGCAACUCAAGCUGAUUCCUCUCCAGCAGCUGUUCCUUUGCCGCUUCGUGUUGAGCCCAAAGCAAAGAGUGGUAUCAGGCAGCAAGAUUUGCUGAAGAAGGUUGUCGAGGUUAAACCGAAACGUCCAAGAGUCUCAAGUCCGAGCUUAUCACCUCCUAAAAGAAGCAAUACAGGUCCAGCAGAAGCCAAGGUUCACAAAGAUCAGCUGAAAGUAGAGGCUACUACAGUGUUGAUGAAACUGGACAGACCAGAGAAGCAACCAGGAGCUGACGGUAAAGCAAUGGAAAGCAAUGGGCAAGGUCAAAACGCAUUGAAAGGCUUGUUGGGAUUAGCGUAUGAGUCUUCAGAUGAAGAAGACUGA